AUGGUCACAGAACUCGUCAUCUUCAAGGCGGGCCGUUGUGAGGUCGACACGACCGGCUCAAGCCGUCCGUACAAGGUGAAGCCAUUACCAGAGCCUGGAUACAUUUCCCUCCACUACGAAGAUGAGCUCAUUAAAUUCUGCUGGCGACUGCGUGACACACAUGUCGAUGAAGCCGAGCUCGAGCUUGUCAUGGUGCCCACGGACGGCACCUUUGUUCCGUACGAGUACGAUGCAACGGCCCAGCCGACUUCUAAGACAAAUGGCCGCAUUUUCGUCCUCAAGUUUGCGUCCUCCUCACAGCGCUAUCUGUUCUGGCUACAGUCAAAACCUCAGGGCAGCGGCACCGACGCUGGCUACUUGAGCACACGCGACCGCGAGGUGGGAGAUCUUGUGAACCGUAUCUUGCAGGGCGAAGAUCUGAAUACCUGGAGAGAGGUCGAAUAUCUCCGCAACAUGAACAGCCCGGACGACGACGACGAAACUAUGGAAGACGUCCAGGGUCAGGGCUCAGCAUCCCGUCAACGUCACGGCAGUGGCGGUGCCGGUGCUGGCGCCACAGGAGGAGAUGUCAGAGAAGAGGGCGAAGAAGCGCGAGAAGGCGGCUCCGACGGUGCGAGAGCAGCCUCAAAUGAAGCAACAGAUGCGAGUGCUGCCGUUCAAAGAUUCUUGAGCUCCAUCUCGGGGACCAACCUCAGAAACAACUCAGUACAGAGACAGCACGCUGAUUUACCAUACCCUUAUCUCAACCAUCUUCUGCCACCUCCGAUGACGAUUCCCAUGGUGACUGAAGCAUCUGAAUGCUUCCUGGACUCUCUUCUCAAUUACCUGCCGCCGUCAAUUAUUCUCAUGGCUGCCGACGCCCCAAUAGCUCAUAGCAGCACAGCAGAGCCCGAUCAAACGGCUGUUGAGGCGGCCAAGACAGCGUUGUCCACCGCCCAGAAGCGAGAUUUGAUCACAAGAGUGCUGCGUAGCCCUCAGUUCCACCAGGCCCUUGGAACACUGACAAUGGCUCUGCGAGAUGGUGGAUUGCCCACCAUCGCUGACGCCCUUGGGGUCAAUGUUGAAAACGGUGGCUACAUUCAGCAAGGUGGUAUGCCAUUAGGCGGCGGCCAUGCUAUAAAGGCAUUUGUUGAUGGUGUCAUCAAGUCAGCCAAGGAGAAGCAGGAUUAG